GCUGUUCGUCCGAGGUUUUUCUUCUAAACACAACACCAACUAAUGCCUCAACGUUAGAGAAACAAACCUUUGAGCGCCAGCAAAGGCUUUUCGUGUCAGGCCUUCCACGAUACCUUUAUUUAGGCAGCCUGUGCAAUUUAUUAGUUGACCAGUUAAUGUUCCACGAGCGCUGCGCUCUUAUAUUCUCCCUGCACCACACGAAGGCUUUGUGUCGCUGGCUGAAUCGGACUUGGUGAAACACUCGACGGAAAUGUUUUGCUGCAAAUGUUUAAAUAUUACCAUCAAAGCAAAGACAGCCGACCUGCCCAAAGUGGAUGUUUUGAGUCUGUCUGCUCCUGUGCUUGACAGCAGUGAUCCUUUUUUCAAGGAGGAUGUUGUUGAAGCAGAAAUUCUAAGCAUUGCCAAAGAGCAGCCAUGUCUUGUCCAUGUUCGAAAUGUGGCGUGUUGGAUAAUACACAGGUGUAUUAACUGUAGCAUUGACACUCAUGCUCUUCACCGUGAGCGGGGGGCAGCCUCUGUUCUGAUCAACUGUAACACUUUGAGUGAUAAAACAGUGAUUGCUGCUCUUAAGUCGUCUUCUUCUUAUUCCCCGGUGUUCCGUCUUGUCGUCACUAGCAAUAUUGAUACUGAUGCUUUUGAGGAAAACAUUUCAGACUUUCAUGCCACAGGAGGAAUGCAGACCACACUGGCUGCUCUCCAUCAGCAGCUCACUGAGGCCUUACAGAGAGAGGCACAAUCAGUUGAAGAGAAGGUUCGUCAAUACUCGGAAAAGCAGUAUGCUGAACUGGAGGAGUUCAGAGGCAAAGCCCACGAAGACCAUAGGGCAUUGGCAAGGCUGUUGAUGGAAAGUGAAAGCGGGAAAGCACCAUCUUCACAGACCAGUGUUGAAUCCCAUGUUUUCCCAUCAAGGAGUAAUAAAUUUAUCUCAUUACCACCACCACCUCAAAAACUGCAGCUAGAUGGGGAUGAAAUCCGUCACCCCAUGGCUCCGCUAAACCAAAAUACAUCAAGAUCCAGAGAUUCGACCAAUCGGCGGUUUUCGAACCCAAAAGUGAAUUCUUCUCCUGUUAAAACCGAGCCAAGACCUGUGCCAUCAGUCAAAACCCCAAAUGAAGUUGCUUUUGACGCAGCAGACAGUGAAGGACUUUUUGAGCUAGAUGGUAUGGAUGAAAAUCCUCCUAACACUUUCCACUCUGAAGAUGAAACAGAUACUGAAGCUGAUAAUGAAAGCCAUGAGGGGGGAAUGAACAUCUCAAGGACACAGUCCAAUGUGUCAAUUCUUGCCAAAUCCUUGCCUGUUUCCGUCCCUGUUUUUCCUGGUGCACGCAAUCAUGGAAAUGAUUUUGAGGAGGAAGAAGACUUGCCUCAAGAUCCCAUGGAUAUUGCUGCCAGCAUCAAAGCGCUUGCUCGGAGCGUCCACGGUGAUACUGUUUUUGGAGAUCUUCCCAGACCAAGAUUCAGUUCUCAAAUUUGAUUUGUUUUUCAUUUACUUCUUCAAUAUUUUACUUAUUUUAACAAAUGUGAUUUUGUAUGAAUUAAUUUUUGUGCCAAGCUUCAUUACUGUGAAACCAAAACUGACUGCAAACAGUACCACUUUUUGACCAGGACCAAAGCACAAGAGGACCUGUCAUUCGAGAUUGAAUUAUAUUUCUGAAUACUUUGUAUAUGGGAACCAGAUCAGAACAGUCUGACAUUUAUUCCAUAGCACUCCUCUGUGCACACAAGACAUGCAAAUCUGUUCCUCAUGUACCAACUGUAUAAGAUUUUUCUGGAAUUCCCCUCUUGGAAAAAUUUAGUUCUUCUGAAAAUGCUUUUUCUUUAUAUUUCACACUUUAUUAGGCUUUUCAACAGUCUUUUUGUAUUAAUGCGUCACAAGACAGAUCUCUACUUUUUAAAAAUAUUGUGGCUUUGCAUUUUUACUCAAUGAUUUUUUUUUUUUUUAAUGAGUAAAUAGACUUUGAAAGGUAAGACAUAUUGCUUCACUUGCUCAUAUUCCAGAAUUAUGAGCAUGUAUGACUAGGAUCUCAAAAAGGUCAUUUUCAAUUAAAUAUUGAAGAAUCAUCAAAUUGGUGCUCAAGCAAACUGUUAGAUUUGAGUCGAAUUUUUGAAACAAAGUUUAUUAGGGAUAGAUAAUGAGUUUUGAAUCUGAGUGUUCUCAGUGAGAAUGUCAAUGUAUCUCGAGGUAUCAAUUUAUUUGGUGGCAUAAAAAUAAAGGAACAAUACUCUGGUGUUGUAAAGGUGAUAUUUUGUCUGUUUGUUGUUGAUUUUUUUUAAUUCAUCAUGCUUUCUGACUUUAAGCUAGUUUUGUAAUGUCAAGGUUUAUAAUGUUCAUUGCUCAAAAUAUUUGCAAAGCAAAGGCCUUGGAGAGGUGCUACAUGAGCUGCAAAGUAACAGUAGCCUGGGGAAUUAAAAAGAUAUUUUCUGUGCAUGGUUUCUUAGUACCUACAUCAUUGCUCAUUGCCACGCUUGAGAACACUGGCUUUUCGUACUUCUGUGCAUGUCAACUUAAAAGUUAGAGCAAAAAAAACAUUAUGCAAGUCAUUAAGUGGAUUGAACUUGCAGGGUUUCAUCUCUUGCUUCUUCACAAUUAUCUUUGUUGAAUCCUGUAUAUUUGUGUUGUUUAUUCAUACAAAAGUUUUUAUGAAAAUAAAUUGGAACAUUUACUCGUG